AAAGGAGAGAGGGAGACCAUCGUAGAAUUUAGCAUGGAUCGCUUUUUUUUCCUCCUUUUCGAAGUGGAUUAUUUUUCCUCAGAAAAGGCUUUUUUUUUUUUGGUGAUCGAAUGGAUUCUCCGUGGAGACGAUGGGCGGAGAUGGCUUAGUUUCUAGGGCUUAUUUGGGAACGGUGGAGUUUACAGUCGCUUCCUCCUAAUCUCUGUCUCGAUCGCUCGCUCCGCUUUUGCUCGUUGUUUGUGGUUUGGCGGAUUCAAAAAGAGGCCCGUUUAGGUCUCUUCUCUCUGACUCUCUCUUUCUCGGUUGGACUCUGGGAAGCUUCUUGAAGAGCUUGGAAGAUUCGGUCGUAGAGGAACGUUCUAGUUUGAAGAUCAAGAUAUAGAAGCAUGGAAUCACGGGCUGAGUGUACAGAUGCAGUUGAAACCAAUGGGCAAAGUACUCUGCCAUCCACAAUUAAUCCUCAGCCAUGGUGGCGGGGUCCUGGAUUUGGUGGCCUUUCGCCCGCUGUACUACUGGAUGGUGCCUCUAAGUCAACUUCAGUCAACCUUCCUGUGGGUGGUUCUACGAACAAAGGUGGCCAAGCACAAUCGCAUGAUGGGGCAGAUGGCAUGGGUGAUGUUAGUAAAGUGAGGCAGAAUGUUAGCACACACAGAGAAGGAAGCUUUGGACAGGAGCCUCAGCAUCUGCAGCCUGUCUCACCUGCCAUGCCUCCUAUGAUGCCUGAAUAUUUUGCACCUCAUACCCAGCUGGAACUUGGUCAAUCACUUGCUUGUGCGACGUAUUCAUAUUCUGAUCCAUAUUUUGCUGGCUUCAUGGCUCCUUAUGGAACUCAAGCACUGGUGCAUCCCCAGAUGCUUGGAAUGCCUCAUACUCGCAUGCCUUUGCCUCUCGAAAUGACAGAGGAGCCUGUUUAUGUAAAUGCCAAGCAAUAUCAUGGCAUUUUGAGGCGAAGGCAAUCACGCGCCAAGGCUGAACUUGAGAAGAAAGCUAUAAAAGUUAGAAAGCCGUAUCUUCACGAAUCUCGUCACCAGCAUGCAUUGAGGAGGGCGAGGGGUUGUGGAGGCCGUUUUCUCAACACAAAGAAAGCUGAUGGUAAUGCUGCUACUGCUAGCCCUGAGAAUGGGGCAAAUACAGGUGCAUCACUUCAAAGGCAGUCAGCUAGCUCCUCUGGUUCUGAAGCUCUACCCUCCGACUGUUCAGGAAAUCCAGAUUCAGGAAGCAACAUGAAUGAAAUAAAAAGGCCAGCGGUGCAAGGCCUAUGUGAAGCACGGGUAUACAACAACAAGAAUGGUGGCCAUCAACAGCAGUCUGGCUUCCAAUUGUCAUCUUUUCACUCCAAAUCAAGUGGGAGGGUGGAAGAAGGGGACUGCUCCGGCCAGCAGCAUGGUGGCAUCCUUGUGAAUCAGCCUCCAAACUGGGCUGUCACCAUCCAGUGAUCAUCCCUUUUCAGCAUGGCUAGUGUUUCCAGCAUUGCUCAGCCAGUUCUGAUAUAGGCGAGUUGAUUUCUAGUUUAAUGUGCUCACACAUUAUGUGGGUGGUACUUUGGAGAGGGGCUUCUCCAUUUGUUCCACCCAUUGAAUUAGGUGAAGGCUAGACAGAAAGCUGGAGGCAUUGGGGCAAUUCAAGAGGAAUGUCAUUGGUAGGUCUGUUGGCUAAGGCAAUUCAUUCUUGGCUUUAUCUUUUUGUUUGUUUUUCUUUCUUUAUUUUCUUAUCUUGUGGUGUGGGAGAGAGCAUGCAAAGAGGGGACACCUGUGUAGGUCCAUCUGGUAUAACACAAGGUCUUAUUCUACUCUUUUUUUUAGUGUCUUCUUGGAUUUGUUAAAUCCUUUAAACAUGAAAAAGGGAUCGCAGUUUGGAUGCGAUUUAAUGUAGUAAUUGUUACAGAUGAGCAUGCCCUUUUUAACUUGCUUUAUUGGUUUGAAGAUUUCAGCAAUCAGAUUCGAUGGUAUGGUUGCUGUCCAAUGAAACCACAAUUUUGA